CACGCGGAGUCACGUGCGUAUUUCCCAAGCGGAGUUUCCACGACAGCUGGAAGCCGAGCGGCAAAGGCGGACCGCUUCUUUGCUAAAAUAAUUUGAAAUAACCAGACUUCUGCUCGUCUCAGCUCCUCCAAAUAAACCCUGGUCUGGCAUGGGCGACAAGAGAAGCCCCACAAGGCCGAAGCGUCAACCGAAGCCCUCCGACGAGGGGUUUUGGGACUGCAGCGUGUGCACUUACAAGAACACGGCAGAGGCUUUUAAGUGCAUGAUGUGUGAUGUCAGGAAGGGGACAUCAACAAGGAAGCCUCGCCCCGUCUCCCAGCUCGUCUCUCAGCAGCAGGUAACGCAGCAGUUUGUGUUGCCAUCUCAGCCCAAGAAGGAAAAGAAGGAGAGAGUUGAGAGGGACAAGAGUGAAAGGGAGUCAACACUGAAGAAGAACAGUCACAAGAAGAUGAGGCCAAGAUUAAAAAACAUCGACAGGAGCAGCGCCCAGCACCUGGAGGUGACGGUUGGAGACCUGACGGUCAUCAUAACAGACUUUAAGGAGAAGGCCAAGCCCACGUCCACCUCCGCCACUUCCUCCAGCUCCGCCUCCACGGCCGACCACCACAGUCAGAACGGCUCCGGGUCAGAAAACACAGAGAGAGGCCUUUCCCGCUCCUCCUCACCCCGGGGAGAAGGAAGCUUGGUCAAUGGGGAGUCCCACUGAGCACCCCCACCAUCCUUCACUCACGGCCUCCAUGCCCAACAUCUUCUCUGCAGGUCCACGGAUCAUCAGUGGAGCUUCCUGGUUUUUCUUCAGCGCUACACAAACGUCACUUAAAAUAACCUUUUUUAGAUAAACUUUCAAGAGGAUUUUAACUUUUUUUUUUUAUCCAAGUCUCAUCUCCACAUCCAUGAAAUUUUGCAAUAUUGAAGCAAUAUGAAAACCCUUUUCUGGGUUGUUUUUAGCAGUUUUACAUUUUAAAUUGGGAUCAUUUUUGCGUAAUCAGAAGGAUGCAGCACUGUUCCAAAGUCUGCUGCUAGAGUGUUUCAUUACAAACAUUCUGAUCUUUGUGAGAAACUUUAUUAGAAAUGAUCCGAGCAACAAUUUGGGACAAGCUUUGGACAGAUUGUUGGAGUGACUCCCAUCACGGUUCGUUUCUUUUCCUCCUUUACAAAGAAAUGUACAGGCAUACCACCACCAUCGUCAGCAGUGGCCAACAGAGUGACCUCCUCUUCCCCCGUGUGGAAUUUUUCUGCCUCUGUGUGAAACUUGUCUUUUCAGUGUCUCGUCACUGAGCUUUUGACCAAGCGGACUCCUGAUCUUGACACGCGGAGCUUUUCCUGUUGAAGCUCCUCUGCUGUAGAGACUUUAUUUUAACACAGCAUGGAGACUGAACUCCUGGAACCAGGUGAUUCUAAUUUUGGAUCCGGUUUGGCGAUAAAAGAGCGAUAGUUAUGAACUUAAAGAGACUUUGCUGAACUGCACAGUGCGAUUUGAAAGGUUGAACCUGGUGUCAUUGUGUUGAACUUUGCAUCAGGUCGCCAUUUAGGGAUGGAAAAUCUUUCCCACCAUUGACUCAGACUAAUCUUGACCUAUUUUAAAGGGAACUACAUAUACCAGAUAGACCACACGAGCAAAAUAAGGACCAGAAUCGGCCUUGGACUACUCCUUCAAUGAUCUUCAGAUGAAACCAAUUUCAGAUAAAUAUAUUAAUUAAUAAAAACCAGGAUUUAAUUGAGAAGUCUUUACCUAUAAAGCUUUUCUUUGUCUGGGUUGUAAGAUCAAAUUAAACAGACUAAGAAUAAAAUUUUCAUAAAAAGGUAGAUCGUAAAAGGAAUCGAUGUAGACGUCAUGCCAAUUACACCACAAACACCUUGUUGGACAAACUGAACUAAACGAAACCAAAUCCCUGGAAGGGUUUCUUAAUGUCUUGACUGGAAGAAUCAUUUUACAAAGCAAACAUCCAUCAGCCAAAAUGCAGCGAGUUUCACGUUUUCCUACAAAUUAAACUGACUACGUGACAAAAAGUAGCUGCAAAAGGCACAUCAGAUGUCGGCCCUUUUAAAUCCCUUUAUCCAAGUCAACAUGGCAGAAAUUGGACCAAAUUUCAAGUCAUUCCACUCCCAAGUUAUAAAUUUGGACUUUUUAGUCUUAAAGGGAUACUAAGCAGUUUUGGCUUGCUCUUAGCAGCCCCUGGUGUCUGUUAGUCAAACCAAAAGUGAAACUUAUCUCCUCGCUGUGCGUUUGUCUUUUUAACGCCUCAGUCUAACAGCUGAAAUGUCUCCCAGCCUUCGUUAGUGUCGACAGGAGCGGUUCAUCACUAAAUCAAGCAAUUCAGCUGUGUUAUGAUCUAAAACAUGUAGAAAGCGUGCUGGAAGCAGACUGCAGAGCCAGGAAUGUCAGCUCUACUUUACUAAGUCCAGCAGGGAGCGGCCCGCCACUCUGAAGUUGCAAGUGUGACAUUCUGGCCACAGAGGGCGGUGGGCUCUGAGUGACCUUUCAUUAGCCCUGUAAAGGGUCAUUUUAGCACAUACUGGUUCAAGAAAAUGAUUGAAAGAUGUGAAAAAGUUGCAAAGUGUGGUUUUAAACAAGCCAUUUGACCAAAUUUGUGUCUAUUAUUAAUAACAGAAAUAAAUAUUUUUUGUUUGACAGAAUAAGCAGCAAAGAACUGAACUAUCAAAGCAAACCCAAGUCAAGUCACUACACUGCUAGUAAACUAGUCGCCCACUUGAGGACUAUUGACUUAUUACUACUGGUUUUAGCAAAAUUGUGGCAAAAAGUCAUUUUUACUUCUCUCAAUUUUAAAAAGAAGAUUUUACAGCCCCAGCCUAAAGUUGCUCUGACAUAAGGAACGUGUUAGUCCUUGUUGACGGAGCCAAACGCCGCUGCAGAACAAGCUUCCCGCUUACAACAGAGCCAAGUCGAUUAUAUUCCUAAUCAGUGACUUGACAGUAGCUGAAAAUGACACCAUGUGCUCCUUUUUAAUCUCCCUGUGCUGCACAGAACAGGGCCGCGUUUGUUUGGGUGGCUUCUGCCCCGAGCCCCCCCUUGCGAUGCAGAACGGACAAGUUCUGGACACGAACUGACGAGGGUGGGGGUGACGGACAGAGCUUUAGAGGAAACCAAUCUCCCAGCGUACACAACACAAAUCAGCCUCACUACACAACAACCAAUAUAUCUUAGAGUAAUUACACAGAGAGCAUAGUUAUUUCUAAAAGUAUAUAUACUGCAGUGUUUUUGGUGUGGUUGUAUUAUUCAACAUAUCAGUGUUGUCGAGAUUUUUACCUAACAUUUUAGCGCACAACCGUCAUGGCAUGAUGAUAUUAAAGUCUUGGUAUAUCGUGGGCAGGCUUUAUUGCCUCUUAGUUUGUGAAUAUUGUUUGUCAUCUCUGGGGUUCGCUGAUCUAGCUGGGACUAGACGCGCGCGCUCAGUAAGAACUGUUCGGAGAAACAUUAAUUUGUGGUGUAAAAAACAAUCGAAAGGACUCUUAAAAGGCCACUCUGUCACUCAAUAACAGUUUUGUUUUUGUUUGUUUGCUUUGUCAUCCUCAUUUGUUAAAACUGUCAACUUGUUCAUUACAUGUCUGAAUAAGAAAUUGAAAACAAGAAAAGCUUGUUGGUUUAUUACACGUGCACGCCUAUUAUUGCUGCUUUGAGACUGCAAACGUGCCUAUGCACGCUUGGUUGUGUUUUAUUUCCUCCCUUAAGCUAUUGAAGAGGGAGUUACUCGUAACGGUUUAAUCUGUCUCACAACACAAGCAGGUUUCGUCUCCAGUUACAGUUUUUGCAAAACAAAAACAAACAUUCGUGUGUUCUGAUAUCUGAAACAUUGUUGUGUUUUGUUUCUGGUUUCUCUUCACCUCCAGUUGUAUAAACACUGAUUAUUUA